AUGACUGAAUGUGAUUGUGAAAGAAUUCAAGAAAAAUGUGUCCAGGUGCAGUAUUUUACAGAGGAAAGGGAUAUACAACCGACAGAAAAAUAUAGAUUUUCCUGGAUGCUAUAUUUUUCUGCUUUUUCAGCUAACCUCCUACUGUUAUAUAGUGGCGUGGCCUUGGUAUGGUCUUCACCUAUGUUACCGAAACUAUUAUCAAAUGAUACAAAUGUCAAUCCUUUAGGACGGCCAAUGGAAACACAUGAAAUAUCCGUGUUGGUGACAUUAGGACCAAUAUCGGCCAUCUUAUCUCUUUUACCAUCGGCCAGAUUAUCGGACGCCAUCGGACGCAAGAGAGUCUUAACUUUAACAGCAUUUAUUAUGGCUUGCAAUACUCUAUUGAAUUCAUUCGCUUUUCAUUUGUACUUCUAUUAUGUGCACAGUUUAUUUGUAGGGAUUUGCAUGUCGGCUUCUUUAGUCGUUGUACCAGUUUAUACGAAUGAAAUAGCGGAAGAUGGAAAUAGAGGCAAACUGGGUUGCUUCAUGGGAAUGGCUAUUCCUACGGGGGUGCUCCUAGGGUACAUUGUCGGUCCUCUAAGCAGCGCUAGAGGUUUUACUCUAUUUUGUAUGGUUCCUACAGCGAUGUACUUGGUACUCUCGAUAUUUACCGUGGAAUCACCGAUAUACUUGGCCCUGAAGAAGCGAAAAUCCGACUGCAUUCGAGUCUUGGAACAAUUGAGGAGCACAAGGGACGCCAAGAAAAUCGAAAUCGAAUGCAAUAAAAUCGAUUUUUUGAUCACGACUUCGAUUCAAAGACAAAAAGGGAGCUUCCUGGACGUUUUCAGAAAUCAUUCGUGCAGGCGAGCCUUCUCUAUGUGCAUGGUGGCCAGUUCCGUGCAACAGCUCUCCGGAAUCUUCGUUAUUCUGGCAUUCAUGUCUUCGAUUUUCAGCAAAUCCGGUCGUGUAUCUGGCGACACAUUCGGUAUUAUCACAGGUGUGAUUCAAUUGUGUACUUUCUUCGUUUCUUCUGUAUUAGUGGAUAAAGUCGGCAGACGACCAUUGCUUCUAACAUCUUCAUUAGUUUGCUCACUAGCGCUUUUCCUGAUGGGUUACUACAUUAACAUGCAGAACUCUGACGAUAUGAUUUGGCUGGCAAUUUUAGCCAUAGUUUUAUACGUGAUAGGCUACGGUAUAGGCUUGGGACCUAUUCCUAUCACACUGAGUGGAGAAUUGUUCCCGGAUGAACUGAGAGCAAUGGGCUGCGGAGUUGUUUUGGUAUCUGAUAAUUCGGCUAUUUGUUUCAUUAUGUUCUGUUUCCCUCUGGCUUCUAAGUUUUUCGGCGUACAGUAUUGCAUGUGGUUCUUUAGUUUAUCGUGUUUGAUCGGAUUCACGUUUAUUUAUUUCUUAAUACCGGAGACUAAGGGCAAAAGUUUUAGAGAAAUUCAAGAAAUUUUAAAGCGAUAA